GUUUGAACCGCGAUACCAUGUCAAUGAAGGAGGGGGCGGGGAGUGGUUUGAAUUCUGCCCGAUCCUUUUUUAGGGGGCGUGGCCUACGAGUUAUCCGCUCAGACAGCGGCUUGUGGAUUCGUGAAAAAUUACAAGUAACUUUAAUCUAUGGAAACCAUAAUGGGAGAUCUCCCUUUGAUCACAGAAGAGAGUUUUGAUUUUGAUCCAUAUUACUCACCUGACAGCGAUGAUGAAGAUGAAGCAAAUCCUGUACUGCAUUGGAGCCCACUAAGUGCCCAGGGUAUGGCGGAAAUCACCAAGGAAGCCAAUAGGCUUGCAAAAGAGCUGAAGAAGGAGAACAUAUACAAUCAGGGCCAGCACUCUCUUCUCUCUUUGGGCAUAGCAUCAAUUGAAAAGCAAACAGAGAAUAACUCUUCUUGGAAGAACCAAGUUAAUUUUGUAACUGUUUCCUCUGGUUAUCCAACGGGGACAUUUUCCUCUAUGACCGCUAAUACCUAUGCCUCUGAGAACCAACAAGAAAAUACCUUUUAUUGUGGACAGCAGUCAUAUAGUUGUAACCUACAAAACAUGCUGGAAGGCACAGCAACUCAUACCUCAUCAGAUAUAUGUCUGCCAGUGUGCAUCACCUCACCAGGACAUCAAUCCCUGUUACUUUCAAAUGGCACUACCAGUCUUCGUAGUCCCCGAAGAGAGACCUAUGUAAUUAAGGACAGUCCAAACAGAUCUUUUUUGCCAGAUGUAUCCAUCCCACCAAUAUAUGAGCAAAGUAGCAUAAUUUCCCAUGAAAAGAGGGAGGGAAAUGGAACAUCAGAAAAAUACAAGAAAUAUAAAUUUCCUAUAGUGAGAACUUGUUCAACAAACGGCAGCCCAAGGGGUCAUAAUUCUGAAGGUUUUCGUAGCAUGAGGUCGCAAAUUGGAAUGGUGAAAUCUUGUUCAACAAAAGGCAGCCCAAGGGGUCAUAAUUCUGAAGCUUUUCGUAGUACGAGGUCGCCAACUGGGAUGGUAAGGUCUUGCUCAACAAAGGGCAACCUAAGGGGUAAUAAUCCUGAAGAUGUGUGUAAUGCGAGAUCACCAACUGGGAAUUCAUCAGCAGGUAAGCCAAAAGUCCACCAUGUGCAUGCUGCAUACCUAUCCUCUGGAGUCCCCACCUUUAACAGUCGUCUACCAGUUCCUAAAUCUUUAGGAACUCAUUCCCUUGGAAACACAAGACAUAUUGAACAGAAAGUAUGCAUGAGGUUAAUAAGACCGUCUACACAGAGGGAGACUGCCUUCCAAUUUUCAGUCCUCAAGCCUGCAAGGUAA